AGAUAGACAGUCGAGUAAUAAUGACAGUGACAAUUGACAAUGACUCAUUCUUUAUUGAAUGAAAACACUAUUAUUUAAGCUUUUAACGUUUAAAAAUGGCGAUGAAAACAAAAACAGGGAUAUGUGCGAUAGCCGUAACCGUUGCAGCUUCCAUAUUCGUUAUAAUAUCAUUUUGCUCCCCUUAUUGGCUCGUGAAUGAUGAAAAAAUCCAGGAUCCACAGUUCAUAAAAAUUGGGCUCUGGGAGGUUUGCUUCAGAAACUUUCGAGACUUUCGACAUCAGUAUGAUUUCAAUUUCACCGGCUGCUGGUGGGUCUUCGAGGAAGAAUACUACAUCAUUUUCGACUUCCUUCUCCCCGGCUUUUUCAUCGCCACUCAGUUCUUCUUCACUUUGUGCCUGACUCUGGUAUUAGUGGCAGCUUUCCUAACAUGGAUGUACUGCUUUUGCAGCAGAGACCACGACAAAUACCUCCUCUUACUGCUAAGCAACGGAUCGAUCCUCAGCUUGGCAGGGAUCUGCGGCUUCAUAGCAGUCAGCAUCUUCGGAGCCAACGGUGACAACCGGGACUGGAUGCCCAACUGGCAACACAACGAUCUGGGUUGGUCUUUUGCGUUUGGGGUUGUAGGGUCUCUCUUGCUGUGGCCUGCAGGGGCACUGUUUCUCGUGGAAGCAAGAAGGGCCAGGUAUAGGCGUCUGGGGGGCUCUGUACGCCAACCUCCAGCCCAAUACACUAUGGAGACUGCUCGACACAAGCCUUCAGCACCACACCAUACUGACAUAUAAUAUAAUUUUUGGGAACAACGGGAUAUGCGAUAUCCCUUUUACAAGGUGCUUUUCUGUAUCUGACACAGUUUUAUUCUGAAGCGAGAUUAGAUGACUAAACUCGUUUCAGAACAAUUCAGACUAGUUCACACUAAUUGGGUCAUAUUUUUUCUUCAUUCAGCUGUCAUAGUUAUUCAAAUGGGU